UGUCUGCUGGCCUUGGCAAAACCAAGCUGGGCCCGAUUUAGCCUGCUCCGUUAGGCAGGAUGAGCACUCUUAUGCCUCAAGCUCCCUCCUAGGACCAGUGCUGAGCUGAGCUCCUCUUUCAGUUCGUUGCCGGUUUCCUUGGGAGCUGUCAGAACCGACCAAAUCUCCUUGGUCUGAGAAAGAGAGAAGAGAAGGCCUGAGGUUAGGGUGGGAAACUAGGAUUCAGCCAGGAGCCCAACUUUUCCCCUAAACCGGUUCGAGAGGAAGUCGAGAAGGUGAAAUUCCAGCCAGCGUGAUGGAUGCACACUCUCUAAUAAGUCCCAGUGGGGAAAGGGUUUGUCUGAUCUGCUUGAAGCCUUGCCAAGGCCCAGCCACGCAACCCUGCGGGCACAGCUUUUGCCCGCCGUGCUCCAACCGAUCCAGGGCGGAUGAUCUAAAGGAAAAAGUCACCUGCCCUGGAUGCAGAGAAACCUUUCUGAGAAAUAAGCCUGACUCUUAUGAACCUCUUGGGAAAACGGAAGAGGCCACCCGGCUGACCACAGUGGAUGAAACGAAAGAGUCAGCUCAGAGUAUCUGUGAGAUACACAAGGAAAUAUCAAAUCUUUUCUGUGUUGAGGAUCAAGCCCCACUUUGUUCAGUCUGCAGAAAAUCCCGGGAUCAUUCAUCACACACUGUGAUUCCCAGAUGGGAGGACAGUUUUCCAAGAUCAGAGCCUUCCAAUGCUGGCAUUAUAGGAUACCCGAACACUGUGCCUUGCAACAAAGGAAACGGAGAGGUCCUUGGUGGGAAUGAGAAGAACAACACAGAUAAGCUCAUGCAGCUGAUCGAGCCGCAGGUUGACUUCAACUUGGAGGAAAAUAAGGAAGAAGGCACUGCAACAAACUCCAGGGUCCAAAAUUCCAUGACAUGGAUCCUCCUGGUACUGUUCAUCAUCCAGAUUGUGGGCUUGGUGACAACAAUAUUCGUUUUCACAAAGGCUAAAGUUGAGCUUCCAGCCCCUUGUUGCCCAUCUGGCUGGAUCGUGAACCAAGGGAGCUGCUAUCACGACUUGCAACUGGAAGGGUCCUGGGAUACCAGCCAGCGCCACUGUUCCUCGCUCAGUGCCUCCCUGGCUGUGGUUGCAAACUUGGAAAAACUGAAUGUCGCCAUGCAAGACAAAGGCCCCUUUGACCACUGGGUUGGCCUCCUCAGAGAAUCGGGAGGGAGCUGGAAAUGGAUCGAUGGGACAGAUUUCAACAACCUUUCGGAAGUGGAAGGCGUUGGAGACUGCGCUUUCCUAAGCAAGGGGGUCCUGAACAGUGCAGACUGCUCAGCUGAGAAGAAGGGGCUCUGCAGCUGGAAAGCACAGACAAGAAGGGGAUCCCACAGCCCUGUUUUGGGACGUGAAACUUUAAUAGCUGACCGUGUGCCAAAGGACCUUUCCACGCUUUUACCUUGUUCCUAGCUGCCACUCCCUCUGCGUUUGUGUGCAGUGAUAAAUCAGUCACCAACCCAAGUGACCAAGCUCGCAUCCUAGAGGGUAGCUUCCCUUUGGGGAUUUGAGCACGCGAUCAAUGCUUUCUCGUGGCAUUGCUGCUAUGAGAGCCAGUAAGCCGAAAAACCAGGCGAUGCAAGAAAACAUCCUAACGCAUUCUGUUUUUAGAAAUCUUCUUGUGUCGUUCUUGCAGUUGCAAUCUUAAGCAUAACUUUCUUGAGAGUCGGUCCCAUUGAACUCAGUGGGGUUUGCUUCUGGGUAACUAUGCAGAGGGUUGUGUCUCUGUUUUAGUGCAGGCACUCUCUAAUCAGUUUUAAGAAUAAUGGCCUUUGAUGAAGAUGACCGCCUCAGCUUUCCUUUUAGAUGAAAUCAUGGGCAGGUUUGUGGUCCCCAGGACAGAAGGUGAAAUUCUUCAGCAGAGCACGACCCAAAUCUCAGCCACUGAAUGGCCAGUGAAACAAGUGUCAAGCUGCACCAGUUCUAAAACCUUGCAAUCCUGAGAUCAGUCCAGAUGUAUUUUGGACCUGACACUCAGUUGCUGAAUGCAUAGGUUAGAAUUAACAGUUUUACGCUUCUGUCGCGAGACAGAACGUUGGGUAGUCAAAGUUUUCCAAGCAGGGAGCGGGGAAUGUUUCUUCCCUGACUCAUACAGAAACGCUGGUUGGGAAAACUACUAUUUAGCCCUGCAAGUAAGAUAUUUAUAUCGCUGUUGGAAGGGAAAUCAGGGUGACCUAUAUAGUAAGAGCAUAGAAGAAGACAGAAUCUGCUGUUCGUCGGUGUGGGACAACCAGUGACAUAUUUCUGCGGCAGCUUUAUUGCUUUGUAACCUUUGCUCUGGAAGAGGGAGCAUUCCCGAGAAGCAAUCCCUGCAUGGGCCACGCUGGCGGCCCAUGUUCGCUAUCGUAUUUACGCAUGUGGCGCAUAGCUGGAAUACUGCACAUAGAUCCAGUAUCCAUUACGGAGGCUAGCACGACAACACAGCCCUCUGCGAAGCUGUUUGCAGACUGACUCAGCCCGGGAGGGCGGAGCUAAUAAAAGCAGCACUACCAAAUGUCA